GCGCCAUGGAGGGCGGCGGCAACUCCAAGGGCACGGGCCUCGGCGGCCUCUUCGGCGCCGGCGGGGUAGGGUACUCCCACGCCGACCUGGCGGGGGUACCAUUAACUGGAAUGAGUCCUUUGUCCCCGUACUUAAACUUGGACCCCAGGUAUCUAGUACAGGAUACAGAUGAGUUUAUCUUGCCCACAGGAGCCAACAAAACUCGAGGCAGAUUUGAGCUGGCCUUUUUUACCAUUGGAGGAUGUUGUAUGACAGGGGCAGCAUUUGGUGCGCUGAAUGGUUUGCGACUUGGCUUGAAGGAGACGCAGAACAUGGCGUGGUCAAAACCUAGAAAUGUACAAAUUCUAAAUAUGGUGACAAGGCAAGGAGCGUUAUGGGCUAACACUUUGGGAUCUCUGGCUCUACUUUACAGUGCGUUUGGAGUCAUCAUUGAAAAAACGCGAGGUGCAGAAGAUGACCUGAACACCAUAGCUGCUGGAACCUUGACAGGAAUGCUAUACAAAAGCACUGGUGGAGCGCGUGGGAUAGCACGAGGUGGUAUUGCAGGUCUGACACUUACUGGCCUCUACGCUCUGUAUAACAACUGGGAGCACAUGAAAGGCUCCAUAGCCCGGCAGUCCCUCUGAGCAGGGCAGCCAGCGCUGGAAGGAGGACACGCUUGCAUAGUCACCAAUCAAAUCAGUUGCGAGAUCUGUCUGGUGCCCCUUCCUAUUUUAUUUACAAUUCGUGUGAAACCGAAGGAAUCUAUGCUGGGAGGAACCUCUUGACAUCAUGUAGCUGGACUGGCCCUUUCCUUCCUGCCAGCCAGUCGCUGGAGAGGCAGCAAUACUCGUUGGACCUGCAAGUGAGCGAAGUGGCCACCAAGAUAGAGUCUCCUUGACACGCUCACCAGCUAGCCCUGGGCCAGAGCUACGAGGCAUGCUCAAGUCCCAUAGCUGUACCUGCUGCGCUACCAGGUUUGUUUGGUUGCGUGUACUACAACGAUAGCACUGCGUAAUAAAGUCUGUGUCUAUAGA